UUUAUGCUGUCUAUGCAGUUGCAGGGCCGAUCAUAGUUGCCGUGCUGUCUAAGGAGCUUUGGAAUGACGACGCUGCCGAGGAGGUGACCGGUUCCCUUCGAGUGAUUCACCAGUUUGUGGACAUGCCGUCUCAGCAGGCCGAGUACUUCGAUCCUGUUUCCCGUACUACAAGAUCAGUCCAUGGCUGUCUGCCUGGAAUGGGUUACAGCUUCGCAGCGGGAACGACUGAUGGUCCAGGGGCGUUUACAUUCCACCAAGGCAUGAAGACUGAAAACCCGCUGUGGAACGCAGUCCGCAGUUUUCUGGCUCCGCCUUCAGAACGUUACCUGUCGUGUCACGGUGCCAAACCCGUUCUACUUCCUACAGGAGAGAUGGAUUUCCCUUUCGAGUGGCAGCCUCGUGUUGUGUCUACGCAGCUGGCUCUCAUAGGCACCGUGGCAAUGGCCUGCGUGCCUGGAGAGUUUACUACAAUGUCAGGACGGCGGCUGAGGGCCGCAAUCAGCGAGAGCGUCGCAGGACUGGGGGGCCCUGGCAUCUCGCAGGUCAUUGUGGCUGGUCUCUGCAAUACUUACAGUGAUUACAUCACGACGCCAGAGGAGUAUGAGGUUCAGAGAUACGAAGGUGCAUCGACAAUCUAUGGUCCACACACUUUGACAUUAUACCUCGCCCAGUAUCGUAAACUCGCUUCGGCAUUGGUCAGGGGCUCCGCUCUGGACCCAGGACCGAGCCCUCCGGACCUGUCCGACGAUCUGGUGUCCUUCGUAACUCCAGUGAUCUUUGAUAUGCCCAUUUGGAACCAUAAGUUUGGAGAUUGCAUAGAGCAGCCUGUGAGAGUGGCAGAGCCUGGAGUCACCGUUACAGCCAAAUUUGUUGCAGCACAUCCAAGGAACAACCUGACACUCGGGGCCUCUUACCUGACAGUUGAACGCUUCGAGGAGGGGUCCGGUAAGUGGAAGAUCGUAGCUACGGACGCGAACUGGGAGACUAGAUUCCAUUGGAUCCGCGUUUCCUCUAUACUGGGAUCCAGCGUAGCGCUUAUUACGUGGACUGUGGGCCCUGACGCGGUGCCUGGGAAAUACCGCAUUCGUCACGUCGGCAGCUUCAAGUAUAUCUUUGGUGGCACCCACCCCUAUGAAGGAACUACACAUACAUUCAAGGUUUUGAAUGCACGUUCCGGCUAUAAGCGCUACAAACACUAAUAUACCAUGAAGACAACCGUUUUGACGCUGUGGAGGUUACACUAACCAUCUCAUCCACCGUGAAGUGCAAAUCUCACAUUGACACAGCGCACUUGUUCAGCGGGAAGCGAAUUAUACAAAUUCUGGGAAAACAAACAAGUGGUGCUGAUCUUAUGUAGGACGAUUGUACCCUGUUUAAAUGGAUCGUGUACCUGACGUUUCGGAGAUUUUUUCCGUCUCCAUCUUAAAGGCGAAAUUGCUACCUCACAAACCUUGCCGAUACUUUCAGUACAUAUAUCUAUAUAAUACUCGUAUCCUGCACCUGAAGGCGCAAAGUUGAAGCAACUACCCCAUAGAUCUUACAGCAGGCUUACUACAUGUGAGAAACGAGCAUGGGCGUCUUCUCGAUAUAAAAAUGGAGACAUGAAGACCUGAGAGUACACCCCACGUCGACAUUCUGCCAUUUCCCAGAAACUGAUCAAAAUUAACAAUGAAUAGCAGUGAAAUUCUAAAACAAUAGAAAAAUAUACGAGUGUUUCGACAAAUACUGCAUCACAGAAGGAAAUUAACGCGACACUUCAAGCUGAAUUUUGAGAAGUCUUCUACUUCUUUAUAAGCGUUUUUAUAUAAGUACUGUAUUUCUUUCUCAGAGUUGUGGGACAAGAUGAUGUCAUCAGGUAAUGUGAGAUUAUGAACAUUAAUAAAUAUAUGUUUCAUUCAGAAGAACA